UGGGCGAUCAGGCUGUGCUGUGGGCAGCCCGGGAGAAGGCCGGGAAAGAUGGCGGCCUCCUGGAGGCUGGGCUGUGACCCGGCGCUGCUGCGAUACCUUCUGGGCUUCGGUGGCCAGCGAAGCUUGGGUCUGGUUAAGGGGGCUGCUAGGUGCUCUGUCGGCCGCGGGGCUAGUUGGAGAUGGCUGCACAGCACGCAGUGGCUGCGGGUUGAUCCUAUUAAGAUACUAAUGCCAUCACUGUCUCCUACAAUGGAAGAAGGGAACAUCGUGAAAUGGCUGAAAAAGGAAGGUGAAGCUGUGAGUGCCGGAGAUGCAUUAUGUGAAAUUGAAACUGACAAAGCUGUGGUUACCUUAGAUGCAAGUGAUGAUGGCAUCUUAGCCAAAAUAGUGGUUGAAGAAGGAACUAAAAACAUAAAGCUGGGUUCACUAAUUGGUUUGAUUGUUGAAGAAGGAGCAGAUUGGAAAAAUGUUGAAAUUCCCAAAGAUGUAGGUCCUCCACCACCAGCUGCAAAACCAUCAGUGCCUCCUCCCUCACCAGAACCACAAAUUUCCACGCCUGUCAAGAGAGAACACACCCCAGGAACCCUGCAGUUACGUUUAAGUCCAGCUGCCCGCAAUAUUCUGGAAAAACAUGCACUGGAUGCUGGCCAGGGCACAGCCACUGGGCCUCGGGGAAUAUUCACUAAAGAAGAUGCUCUGAGACUGGUGCAGUUGAAACAGACGGGCAAGAUCCCUGACUCGAGAGCAGCCGCAGCUCCUGCAGUCACUCCAACAGCACCUUUGCCCCCGCAGCCCGCAGCAGCACCCUCGUGUCCUCGGCCAAUGAUCCCAGCAGUGUCGACUCCUGGACAGCCCAAUGCAGCGGGCACAUUCACUGAAAUCCCUGCAAGCAAUAUUCGAAGAGUUAUUGCCAAGAGGUUAACUGAAUCUAAAAGUACUGUGCCUCAUGCAUAUGCUACUGCCGACUGUGACCUUGGAGCUGUUUUAAAAGUUCGACAAGCUCUUGUCAAAGAUGACAUUAAAGUGUCAGUAAAUGAUUUUAUCAUCAAGGCAGCAGCUGUUACUCUUAAACAAAUGCCAGGUGUUAACGUAAGCUGGGAUGGAGAAGGCCCAAAGCAACUGCCAUCUAUUGACAUUUCCGUGGCUGUGGCAACAGAUAAAGGUUUAAUUACGCCAAUCAUAAAAGACGCUGCUGCUAAGGGCAUACAGGAAAUUGCCAGUUCUGUAAAGGCUCUCUCGAAGAAGGCAAGAGAUGGAAAAUUGUUGCCUGAAGAAUACCAAGGAGGAUCUUUUAGUAUUUCCAACUUGGGGAUGUUUGGCAUCGAUGAGUUCUCCGCAGUGAUCAACCCGCCCCAGGCCUGCAUCUUGGCUGUUGGGCGAUUCCGGCCUGUGCUGAAGCUCGCAGAGGAUGAAGAGGGGAACGCCAGACUGCAGCAGCACCAGCUCAUCACGGUCACCAUGUCCAGCGACAGUCGAGUGGUCGACGACGAGCUGGCUACCAGGUUUCUUGAAAGUUUUAAAGCAAACCUAGAGAAUCCUAUCCGACUUGCUUAGUCCUCACAGAUAGGCGCACUGGGGCUUUGGCUUAGCUAAUGGAACAGUUGUUACUAAGAACCAAACUCUGUAGGAAAGCAGUUACGUAUCUGAAGUGUGAAGUGGAUGAGAUGUUUAUUUAUUUAAGGUGAAGGCAUUUGACCCGAGUUGUCUUCAUUCUCAAUUUGGAUUUAUUGUUAUAGAAAUAAGUGGUGAGAAACUGUAAUAAAGGAGACCAUUUGGUUAGAUCCAUUUUUAACUUCUGGUGCUGUACAAAAGGGAUAUUAAACUAGCUGUAAAUCAAAUUAUGUUUAGCUCCUUUGAGCAUUUUAGGAUAUUUGAGAAUGUAUGAUACAUUGUAAAAUCAAAACAUUGUUAAAACUGUACCUUAAUUGUAUUAAAGUUUGAAGUGAUCUUCAAAGAGAGGCCCGUUCAUCGAGCAGUGGGACCUCUCUCUUACAAACACUGCUAUAGAUAUACUUGAACAAUUUAGUAUGUACAGAAAUUUAUUCUGGAUAAUAGUAAAUAAGGAUCAAAUUAUAUGAGGGGUUGUGGCAACAUUACUGAAUUUUUUGUGUAUGUAAAGCCAUAUGUUUUAAAGUAGUUUCUAUUAGUCAUAAUUUCCACUCUGUUACACUGUGAACUUCUGAAGAAGAAGAACAAAAGAAGCAAAAUGAAGAAGGAAAGACACCAACAAAGUUGGUUGGGUCAAUAAAAAGCUACAGCUGACAUAUCUAAGCCUUCAGAAGAAAACUCACCUUUAUGCCGAGUUGAACUAUAUUUAAGUAAACGGUGGUAUCUCCUACCAAACGCUUGACGUUAGUGUUGGUUUCAGCACAAAAUGUUGUACUCAGUGCAUUUUAAUCAAAUUUGUACUGUGCAAUAAAGUGUGAGAAAAUCAAAAAA